CCUGUUGGAUGAAACGUUUCCCCCGUUCUGCCACUUCCCCUAUAUGCAAAAUACUUCUGGAGGCUGCACAGCUCCAACCGGAUGGGGUUUGCAUUGGCUGACAGCGUUCCCAGCGCAGGACGACCAAUGAAACCAAAGCAGAGGCUCGGCGUAUAACAGCGAAGAUUGACGUUUAGGACAUCUCAAAUCAAUACCAGCAAACGCCGGACUCACCGGGAUAACUCCAAUUUGCUUUUAUCGGAUGAAGAUCGCUUUGUUGCCAUUGUACCUCGCAAAGUCAGUUGUUUCCAAACAAAUUGAGAGAGAAGGGGGCGCGCUGCACUCGGAGGAGAUUUUAAGAGGUCUAUUUUCUCUCUGCUGGGUCUCAUUCCUCCCGUUCCCCUUCCUUCGCUGCUCUCGCUCGGACGCAUUCAGCCAUUCGAAGGGACGCCUAUAUUCCCCGGCACCUUGAAACAUAUAGGCAAUGGAGCAAAACUAUGGAGAGGUGAACCAGUUAGGCGGCGUGUUCGUCAAUGGGCGACCGCUGCCCAACGCCAUACGGCUGAGAAUAGUGGAGCUGGCUCAGCUCGGGAUCAGACCCUGCGACAUCAGCCGGCAACUCCGAGUCUCGCACGGCUGCGUGAGCAAGAUUUUGGCGAGGUACAACGAGACGGGCUCCAUCUUACCCGGAGCCAUCGGUGGGAGCAAACCACGGGUCACGACGCCUAACGUGGUGAAAAACAUUAGGGAAUACAAACAAGGCGACCCUGGGAUCUUUGCCUGGGAGAUCCGGGACAGGCUUUUGGCAGAUGGAGUUUGUGACAAGUACAACGUCCCGUCGGUGAGCUCGAUCAGCAGGAUUUUACGCAACAAGAUUGGAAAUCUCUCCCAGCCCAACCAGUAUGAGAGCAGUAAGCAAGCCUCCGCGCAGGCCGGGCUCUCCUACAACCACAUGUACCCCUAUUCCUACCCCAACAUGUCGCCCACUGGCACUAAAAUGGGCAACCCUCCUGGAGUACCGAUGACGGCUGGACAUAUGAGCAUAUCCAGGGCCUGGCCCUCUGCACACACCGUCAGCAACAUCCUCGGUAUACGAGCCUUUAUGGAUCCCGCAGCCAUUGCUGGGAUGGACGGAUAUCCACCAAAAAUGGAAGAGUGGAGUAGCGUCAACAGGGCAGCUUUCCCCGCGGCACACACGGUCAACGGGAUCGACAAAUCAGCAAUUGACGCAGACAUAAAAUACGCUCAGCCCUCCUCGACACUGUCCAGUUAUGUCUCGGCGUGUGCUUACUCUCCCACCAACCAGUACGGGGUGUACAGUGGGCCAGCAGGCGGCUACGUGGCCCCAGGCCACCACCACUGGCAGCCGCAGAGCCCGGUCCUGUCCCAUCCAGGCGGCGGGAUGACCGGUAUGCACGCAGGGGAGAUCCACUCGCCGAUGACCUUCAAACAUCAGGCACGAGAGGGAGACAGAAAACCGGCCAAUCCCCUGAGCAAGCAGCAGCAUCAGCAGCAGCAGCAGCAGCAGCAGCAUGGAGACUUGAACAGUGUGCAUGGACUCAGUCUCCCUACGUCAUCAUCAUAACCGGGACUUUUAACACCUUAAUUACCAGACACAAAUUAACUGAACUCAUUUCUAUGACUCCAACAGUAGCCUGAACACUAACGGCUUGUUUAAGAGUGUUUGCAGCUCACAGUCAAACACACAGGCCGAUUCACAUGCAUUAUGAAUACAGUAUAGCUCUAUUGGCCUGAGUGGCCAAAUGAAUGUAAGCUUGCAUGGAUGUAUCGGUGUUGCCCCUACAAUAUUUGUUUUCAAUUGAAAUACUUCAUGUUGGACUGUUCUCUUAUUGAGACUGCAGGAUAAUUUUAAAAAACAAUGUAUUUUUCAAUCCAAAUUUUCAUUGAAGUUUUAUUAUUUUAAAAAUCCAAGGGCUAUUCUGUAAUCCGCCAUAUAUUAUAUUAUCUUAAUUGGUGGCCAUGAUCUCGCGUCCACACCAAUUUAACGAUGUGAACAAAGAGAUAAAUUGUCUAAAUGUAAAAUAUUUGCCAAAGCUUUAAUUAUAUAUUUUUAUAAUUUCAUUGUAAAUAUUCAAACAAAU